AUGUCCAUGAGUGUACACAAAUUGGAAAUCAAUCUGAACAUUCAGAGCCUCGGUGUGACAUCUUACAUUUUCUGGGGCACAAUCGCAGGGCACGGGCAAUACAUGGCUGAAGCUGAGCGACGGUGCUCGCCGGUUAGACGACAACUCCAGAUGAUUAACAAUCCCGAAUCAUGCACCUACAUGAGGUUCAGGGUGCCACCUGGGGGCGUCGCGGGUGGAAAAUUCGGCAAUCUGUUGACUCCACUCCAUCUUCAAUCAAGGAACAAAUGCCAAGUUGUUACAGGUGGCGUACAUAUGCUUGGCUUUAGCCGCGCCUUCUAG